AACAAAGCUGUAAUAAUCGAGUUUCAAAAUAAUCGAAAAAAUCGAAUAAUUUGUUAAAUAAUCGAAUGCUUAUCGAUUAAUCGAAUAUAAUCGAACAUCACUAUACAAGAGACCUAGAUGCGUUACGAUUAGGAAAAAAAGUAUUGGAUGGUUAACACCAUAUUUCCAUCACUAGACACUGUACAGUGUACACCCGCCGAAUCAUUCUGUGUACACCCUGAUGAAAUUUUCAAGGACUAUCAGUUUGUCAGUUAUGUGUAAUGUCGACAUUGACUUAACUUAAAGGGUGUUAGUAUAUAUUCUUGCUGAUUCAAGUAGCUUAGUUUUAAUAACUGGCAUGGUAAAAAAGCUGUCAAGAAGAAAGUUUGAUCAAGUACUUGCAGGUCCUAUGUGUGACUUUGAGCACUCUGUAUCUUCCUAUAGCUUUGUACAUAAUUACCAUGAGCAUAAAUAAUACUGCAUAUUAAUUGUCGAUUUUUUUAGACCGACUGUGGAUAAUAAAUAUUGGGAUGGACUAUCCACCAGAGUUGAAAGAUUUACUCUUUAUAAAAUCAAAACCUAUACAAAUGGUUGAUAUAGAUCCUUUGAAUUUUAUUAAACUGGAAUAUUUUAAUAAUGAAAAAUUGGAUACAGGGCGAUUUGUAUUACAUCAUAUGAGUAAUUUUAGAGAUUUACGUGAGAUAUCAACCUAUUGUAGUAAACUUAAAAAUCAGCACCGAAUACUUUCUACACAAGUAAUAAUUUUAAUUCUUCAAAAGUGGUCUUUAUAUGAAAAUCAUCUACAUAUAAUUAGGAAAGUUCAGAAAAAAUUGACCCAUACUGUAGAAAUUUGCAGAAGUUGUAGAAGAAGUUUGAAUUUAAAAUCAUCAGAAUUGAUUUUUGCAAGUUUAAAAAUUCUAUAUUUCUUUCGAAAGAGAAAAGUCAUUGGACGAAUAUUGAAAUUACUUCACAACAUCAAGAAAGUGCAUCGUGUUUUGGAGCGACUCCAGCAAAUGCUUAUUGAUAAAAGCUAUCCUAAAUUAGUAUCUUUAAUUUUAGAAUUUCAAAAAGCUAUGGAAAAUCAAAGACAGUAUAUUUGUGUCACAGCUUUACAUCAAAAUCUAAGUGAUAUACUGGAACAAGUUGAAACCAAUUUAGAUAUAUCAUUGUCUAAUAUCAGUGAACACUUUGACAUAAAUAUUUAUGCAUCAAUUUUUACGACAUAUAGCCUUCUCGGAAAAUCUCAAGCAACGAUUGAUCAACUGCAUAUGUAUUUUAUAGCUGCAAUACAUAAUGCAUCAUUAACAUGUAUUCUUAAAUAUGUGAAAACUGACGUUUGCAAACAGUUUUCUACAAUAUGCAGACUGAUUCCAAUAUCUUCUUUUAUUCCCUGUUUACUUGAAUUAUGUAAAUCCUUAUUGAAUAUUCUCAAUUCUUACUGCCUUCUUAUAAAAUGGCAUAAUGAUCAGGAUAAUAAAAUGAAAAAUGAUGACUGCAACGACAAGUUAUCAAUUAUGAACCAGCAAUACGUUUCACAGAUUCUUGAAAAUGGAAUUAUUAAAAUAUGCUGCGAUAUAAGAUUAAAAAUAAAAACUUAUUUGGAUGGCUUCGAUUUAAAAACAUUAAAGAUUGAGGAUUUUUUUGACGCUUUAAUUAUAAUUAAAGAACUAUCAAAAAAUGAAUCGUUGAUUCAACACAAAGAAGAAGAUGAGCUUUAUAAAUUUUUAAAAAAAAAAUUUUUACAAUAUUUACAUUUUUAUCAAGUUUGUCAACUUGAUGAAUUAAAAACAUAUCUAGAAAAUGACGGAUGGGCUUUAUGUCCAGUUAAAUCUACAUUGAAUUUUCAUGAGUUAGACAUGACAUACCAUGAUGUUAGCUUAAGUUCCAUGGUUCAAAAUAAUAUAUCGCUACAUUCAGAAAUUACAUGCAAACAUCAAUUUUCUGAGGAUUCGGAUGAUGGGGAUAUAGAAGAUGACCUGGAACAGACUAAUCAAAAUGACUUUUAUCUAAAAAGUAUCUUGAGAGUAUCAAAAAGCUCAAGACCUAUUAUAACAAAUACAACUCUUGGCGUUCUUAAAGUAUGCAUGAAAUACGUACAAGCUAUUAAAUUUUUAGAAGAAGACGUGAACAUUAUUUUACUUUACAUUAGACAGUUAUUUGAAUUAUACUUCUAUGGAGUUCAUAGUUUUUUUGCUUCAGAUCUGGUGAAAUCUUAUUCUGGUACGAUAUACACAACUAAUUUAAAACGAUCUAUAUCGUAUAUCAAAGAUAACUUAAUUUUAGAAAAAAUAUGCAAAACUAAUGAAUACAUCUUCAAUGAUAAAAUAAGACGACCGCAGUUGUCUCUAACAGUGGACUUAAUUAGUGCUGUUACUUUGUUUGGACUGAAAGAAAGGAUUAUUGCCACAGAAUCUUUGAUCUUUUUUGGACUCCAACUAGAAUCUAUACGACAUAAUUUCAAUUCUUUGAUGUUAGAUGAUUGUAGUCGACAUUCGUUAGAUAAAUUUUAUUGUCAGAUUGUUAGCUCUGCUGUGGAUAUACGAAAACCUAUCUAUACAGCAGCAGUUUCCAAAAUCUUCCAAUUAUCAGACCUUCUGCCGUUGAUAAAUAAUGUCGAUUGGGAACAACAUGAUGUAGCAUGUCAACAUAGCUACUAUAUUGAUUUUUUUUUAAAAGAAAUAUUUCAGUUCAAAUUAAAACUAACAGAUAUUCAGCAUCAUGUGCCUUUCAAUGCAGAUACAAUGAUGAGUUUGUGGGACUGUGUAGCCUAUGUUUCAUCUCAUUUACUGGUAGACGCAUUUUCGACAAUAAAAAAGUGUUCUAAUGGUGGAAGAGCAUUAAUGCAAUUAGAUUUCACCCAAUUCAUUCUAAAAUAUGAAUCCAUUACGUCAUUGAAACCAAUGCCUCAUCAGACUUACGUAGCAUCGUAUAUAAAAGCGUUUUACCUACCUGAAAUAAGUAUAGAAAUGUGGAUCAAAGAACAUCCGGCAAAAGUUUCAACGAAUGAUUACCCGGUGGGCAAGUAAUGGUGACAGUACUAUCUAAUCCAAAGAUCAUGUUCACAAUAACAUUACUCACAAUAAUCUGAUAACUUAAUUUAUCAGAUAAAUUAUGUAAAAAAUAAACAAAAAAUAUUGCAGAAGUAUCUUCGGCAGUCGAUAUAUGACUCAAAUGAGUAUCAGAGCUGAAUUACCUGAACUCACAUUAUAGAACAGGUAUCCUGGAAUACAAGGUUGAAUUCAUUACACAUGAAGAAAGUAAUACCCUCUCCGUUGACGUUGCGAUCCCCAUAUCGAAUCUCCACUAUCAAAAAUCCUACUAGCUAACGAUGCUAUCAUGCACAUUCGGCUCAAGCCCUCAGCGAAAACACGCCAACCCACAACUCAGUGCAUCUACAGCUACAACCACUAAGAACACUCGGAUAAUAUCAUUAAUGUAUUCACGAUAUCUUCACCACUAUCAUGUCAAUGAUCACUACAGUUCACGGAAUCCUAGCAGCAAUGGAUACAACGAGCGGCCGCGCAUUACAUGAGGAUUCUCACUCCGAACGAAUAACUAGCACUUUAGCUGACAACUCAUAUAAAGACGAUUUUUCAUCCGUCCUUCGUCCAUGAUUGUGCCACAUAUAUCCGAA